UGAUGGUCCUCCAGCGAGAGGAGAAGUGUGCCUCAAGUGGAUCUGGAGUUGACAACAGAUGCGUCGCCGCAGGCAGAAGCAGAGGCAGAGAGAUACGUAUAUGAUAAGACUUCAACCCCAACGAGCAGGAUGAUUUCUUGGCGCGAUUAUGGAUUUAAUUCGUUGUCUUAAUUUUGAAUUAAUUGCUUGCACGAUUCUCAUCUCAUCGCUGUUUGUGAUAGAUGGUGCAUCUCCUGACGGGCUGCCUCAAACUGUGGACCUGUGCUCUCCAAACCCAUGCCAAAACAGGGCAAUAUGCAGAAGCCGCAGGGACGGCUACUCGUGCUUUUGUGUGCCGGGUUUCCAGGGGGCUCACUGUCAGAUUGAUGUGAAUGAGUGCGUUUCACAGCCUUGCCAGAACGGAGCCACCUGUGUGGACAGAGUGGGCAGGUUCUCCUGUUUGUGUCCUCCUGGGUUUACUGGGGACACUUGCGAGGUCCAGAUUGAUGAGUGUCAAUCACAGCCGUGUCUCAGUGGCGGCAGUUGUCAUGACUACCCCGGUGGCUUCACUUGCACCUGCCCGUCCGGUUUCCAGGGACACCGGUGCGAAAUCAACAUCGACGAGUGCCAAGAGCAGCCAUGCCAGAAUGGGGCUCUGUGUAUAGACGGGGUGAAUGAAUACAGCUGCGACUGCUCUCACACAGCCUUCACAGGCACACACUGUGAGACUCCACUACCACCAUGCCACUCUCAACCCUGCUUCAACAGCGCCAUCUGUAAGGACGACGAGGGUAACUACACCUGUGAAUGCUGGCCAGGAUUUGAGGGGCAUCAGUGUGAGAUAGACAUCAAUGAGUGUAGCAGCAACCCCUGUAUGCAUGGAGGCCACUGCAUUGAGAGGUCGUGGCAGGCCCUGUACGGUACUGAGCCUCUGCUGCCCGAACACUAUGACCAGCAGCAUGCUGCAGGCUACAUCUGCAGUUGUCCUCCAGGAACAGCAGGUUCCCUCUGUCAGGAGGUGAUAUCCCAGUGUGAUCCCAGUCCCUGCCAGAAUGGGGGCAGGUGUGAAAGCCAUGUUGGAGGCUACGUUUGCCACUGCCUCAAACAGAGUCAUGAUGGCAUUUUGUAUGGAGGUGUAAACUGCGAUGUGAGGCUGGUGGGCUGUGAGGGGCAUGAAUGCCAGAACCAAGGCUCCUGCUCUCCUUUCCUGUUGGAUGGGACUCACGGCUACACCUGCUCCUGCUCAGCUGGGUACACUGGACCUCUCUGCAAGACCCCCACCACAUUCUCCUUCGAACGCAGAGGCUACCUGCUGCUUCAGAGUCCCCUGAUGGAAGCCGAGGUCUCUUGCAACAUCACCCUGAGCUUCAAGACGGUUCUGCCCAGAGCGGCAUUGUUCCAGCGGAACAGCGGGGGCUUGCUGCUGAGCCUGGAGCUGGAGGGAGGGCAGCUUAGUCUCACACUGCGGAAGGAUGGCUCUGCUGAAGGGUCUGAAGCAGAGAGCCCUCGCCAGGUUCUGGAUCUUCAAUGCAAUGUCACAGAUGGAGAGUGGCACUCUGUUGAGGCUGUGCUCGGAAACUGGGUGCUCAGCCUGAAACUCUUGGAUGACGCCGGGAGCUGCGGGAGCCAAUCUUGCCACAAGGUGGCUCCGGUCCAGCGCGCCCUAGCCGAGCUGGCGUCACCUCCUCAGAACACUUAUAUUGGUGGAGUGCUUCAGGACUCAAAUGGCCCUAGCAAGGAGUCUCCACUCCCAGCAUUUAUUGGCUGCAUGCGGGACGUGUUUGUUGACUGGCAGCUCGUCGUCCCAGAGGAAUGGCUGAGCGAUUCUGCGGUUAACGUGUCCCCUGGGUGCAGCGACAGGGACCGCUGCCUGGAUGUGCCUUGCCAAAACAGAGGACAGUGUGUCAACCUGUGGCAGAGCUACCAGUGCUGGUGUCCCAGGCCUUAUGAGGGGCAGGACUGUGAGGAGGAGCAUGUGACCGCACGCUUUGGGAAUGAGGACUCUCACAGUUAUGCUGCAUUUACAAUCACUGAAGACCUUGGUCAUGACCUCUCCAUCUCCCUCUUCCUGCGCACGCGGAGGCCCACUGGACUCCUUCUGGUGCUGGCCAACAGCAGCAGCCAGUACCUGCUCAUGUGGCUGGAGGAUGGCAAGGUCAUGGUUCAGCUCAAUAGCUUAGAGACUCUGAAGGCGGAGAGCGCAAUUGAUGAUGGGGAGGUCCACUUUGUGAGUGUAGAGGUGGUGGAGGAUCAUAUGGCACUGUACAUAGGAGGACAGGAACAGGGUGAUGUGGAGAUCAGGACGGUAAAUGUCCAAGCAGGAGAUACUGUGUAUGUGGGAGGUCUGAUGGAGAGGAGGACGACUUCAGUGUUUGGUGGAUAUUUUAAAGGCUGUAUCCAGGACCUGAGGAUCAAUGACAGUCGGCUGCAGUUCUUUGGGCUGGACAGCUCAGUGAGAUCCUAUCCUCUGGAGUUCAUGGAAAAUGUGACAGCUGGGUGCUCAGGGGACAACACCUGUAGUAGGAACCCUUGUCUCAAUGGGGGCAUGUGCUUUUCCAUGUGGGACGACUUUUCCUGCACCUGCCCCCCCAGCACAGCAGGGCGGCGCUGUGAGGAGGUCAGGUGGUGUGAGCUGUCUCCUUGCCCCACAGACUCAGAGUGCAGGAUGCUGAACCAAGGAUAUGAAUGCUACUCCAAUGCAACUUUCCUGAAUGACAGCACUGUACUGUCUUACCGAGGAAAUGGUCCCAUAUCCCGCAAUCUAACUAACCUCUCCCUGAACCUGCGCACACGGAAGCAUAAUGCAGCCAUCCUACAUGCAGAGAAGGACUCUGCAUUCGUCACGCUCUCAGUCCAGGAUGGUUUCCUCUUCAUGGAGCUUCAGAGCAGCACUUUAGACAACAGUGGGGAGGAGAGAGAAGAGGGUGUGUCCACAGUCAGCCUUAGCAGCCGGAGGAGCGUCAAUGAUGGUGAAUGGCACAGUGUCCAUGUGUUCAUGGCAGCGCCGUGGGCAGAAACCUCCCAGUGGACUUUGGUGGUGGAUGAAGAAAUAGAAGAAGCCACCACAUCCAGGAACCAAGGAGGUAACUUGGACUUUCUCAAGCAGGAUGUGGACAUCUUUCUGGGGGGCCUGGCCCCUGAUGCGGGCUGGUCCCUGGCUGGAUGUCUGGGUACAGUAGAGCUUGGUGGCAUUGCCCUGACUUACUUCAGCUCCUCCGACGUGAACCUCCCACGCCUGCAGGAAGAGCAAUUCAUCCAGACAUCGGGGCAACCACCGCUGCUCGGCUGCAGCGGAGCGCCCAUGUGCGAGCCCAACCCCUGCCUUAACGGAGGGGAGUGCCAGGACCACUUCAACACGUACAACUGCAGCUGUGCUGAGGGCUGGGCCGGGAGGCGCUGUGACUUCUUCACCAACACCUGUGCUUCCAGUCCCUGCGUCCACGGCAACUGCAGCGUGAAUGGGCUGACCUAUGAGUGCACCUGUGAGUUUGGCUACGCGGGCGUGGACUGCGAGGAGGAGGUGGAUAUGUGUGAAAACCACCUCUGUGCACAUGGAGGCACCUGCCUGCACGGGCCGGACAGGUACGCCUGCCUCUGCCCUGAGAACUACACUGGACCCCUCUGCAAUGAACGCAUUGAAGAAAUUCCGUGGUACAUUAUUGUCAGAAAUGUAAACAGGCCCAAGCUGCCAGUUUCUGUGUGUGGAGACGACACCAGGAACUACACCUGCUUCAACGGAGGCAACUGCACUGACCGAGAGCUGUCCUGUGACUGUCCGCCCGGCUUCAUUGGGCACCGGUGUGAGCAGGAGGUGGACGAGUGCAAGUCCAACCCCUGUCUGAACGGAGGCUACUGCCGCAACCUCAUCAACAAGUUUAUCUGCGUGUGCGACAUGAGCUACGCCGGAGACCUGUGCCAGACGGACCUGACCUCUGAGGGUUUGACCUCUGACCUCUUGCUGUCCAUCAGUCUGGUGUCUGUCGUCCUGCUGCUGGUUCUCAUCCUGACCUCUGUUGGACUGGUGGUGGCACUCAACCGCCGCGCCACCCACGGCACCUACAGUCCCAGCCGGCAGGAGAAGGAGGGAUCGCGGGUGGAGAUGUGGAGCAUCACCCAGCCGCCGCCUAUGGAAAGACUGAUAUGAGAUGCAGGGUGAAUUAUAGUAACUGGCUCAAAUUAGACUGAAUAUCUGGAUCCUUCACUUUGCAGUACCUCCCUCUCGAAACUACAGCUGUCUUUCUUCAUCUGCAAAUGCACAAGAAGACUAGAAGACUGCAUGAGAUCUUGUGACACCAUUUUUGUGUAAAUGACACAGCCCGGCACUUCAUCCAUUUCCCUGUGACGUUUUGCACCUGGAUUCACCAUCCAGCAGUACAUCCAUCUAAACACAAAGAUGUGAGUUCAGAAUGUAUCGAGUCUGUCAAAUCUUGCGUCCAUACUUUUAGAAUUGAUGGACCAGCGAGCACAGAAUUUUAGACCCACACUUUGUCUUAAAAUCUCAAGCAGAGCGAAUCAAAACAUUCCUCAUUUAAAUUCAUAAAAUUCCAUCCAUGUGUAUUUAUGAAAGGAAAAUGGCUGUCAGUAUUGAUGUAUUCCUCGGUGAACAUUCCUGGUACUUAUUGUAGCUUCUUAUUGACAGACUGUCCUUUAAUAAUCAAGUUAGUUGCACUAAUCGAGAAUAGUUUCUUCUAGGCUGACUUGUAUAUCGUUAGUAACAAGAACUGUCUGGGCUAAGUUGUAAUUUUAAUUGUAUAUACUGUUCUGAUGAUUUUGUUUAUUUUUUUUAAAACUGUGAAUUUUAUUUUUUAUCUUUAAUUGUUGGCAACUGUAUUGAGAAUCUGUUAGUUAAUUAAAGUUGAAUUUUAUUUGUUCUGAUUUGUUUCAUGUCUACACAGUGUUAUAUGUAUUUAGGGACAGUGUGAUGCUACUGUACGACAGAUUCACAUUUUUAUUUUGGAGUUUGCUUAAUCAAUAAACCAAUGCACUGAUGUUCAUGCAUACAGUGAACUAUUCUAUAAACCAGCACAGUCUUGGCUGGAUUACCCUGUUUUGGGCAAGCAGUUAAUAUUGUUAAUAACUUCCAAACAAGUUUGCAAGAACUCAAAUGAUCAGAAAACAAUGAUACAAUGACACAUAAUGAAGCUAGGAUUUUUGGGGCCUCUGGAGCUCUGGGACCCUGGGAGCAGCUGCCUAAUUUAUCUGGUUGACAAUCGAGUCCCGUGUGAACUGUAAAUACACAACAGGUUUUCACAAUGUCGGUUUUUCUCUACACAAUUAUUGUGGGGAGAAGAAUUCAUGAUGAUGAUAUUAUCAUGAUAUCAGUCAAACUUUUUAAACUCAAAAUGCGAGUGUAGGGAGGUGUAUAUUAUAUGUGUAUUACUAACAGGAAAUCAAAAUUCAUUUUUUAAAUAUUAUGGUUAUUGUCAAUACCAGUAUAUCGCGACACAGCUAAUACACAAUAACAUACUUAAUUUUUGUGAUUCUGUCUAUGUUGACACGGCAUCUUGGUAAUGAGUCCAAAAACGAGUCCAGCGAUGCAUAGAAAUGAAACAGUAUAAUUUAUUUUCAGUUCACAGUGCGUACAUUACGUGCAGUUGUACCAAGUUACUCAUCAAUAGCACAUUAGAUUGACCUCAGUUGUUAAGACAGUUGUUUUCUCUGCAAUGAAAACAUGCAAGUGUGCACAGAAUCAGAAAAUCAGUAAAUGCCAUACAGAAGAGUUAAUCAUCAUUACAAUACCCAAACAAGAGACUGAAAUGGAAACAAAAAAAGUUUCUUAUUGUAACAUUCAGUGUCCCUAUGUUGGAAAUAUCUUCUUUUUUUUUUAAUUUAUUUUUUAAUGUGUGGUUUCGGGGAGGUGAUGUUACUAUGUUUAUAAAGUUAAACCUGUGUAUUUUACUCCAUAGUAUGUAGGUAGAAGCUGCUACAUUA